AUGGACGAUCUAUAUGACGAGUUCGGCAACUUCAUUGGCGAGGAAGUCGAGUCGGAGGCGGGCUCCGACGCGGGCGUUGAUGCCGGUGAUUAUGUCUAUGAUGACGCGACCGGCGACAUUCAGGAUGAUGAGGAGCUCAUGGAGGUUGAUGAUGGCCCCUCCAACGCAGUGAUUCUUCACGAAGACAAGCAGUACUACCCGACCGCCGAGCAGGUGUAUGGCCAAGAUGUCGAGACUCGUGUCGAGGAGGAGGAUGCGCAGCCUCUCACCCAGCCCAUCAUCGCGCCGAUUGAGACGAAAAAGUUCACAAUUGAAGAGGAGGAUCUCCCGCCCGUGUACUACAGCCGCGAGUUCAUGACGGACUUGAUGAACUUUCCCGACCAAAUACGAAACGUCGCCCUCGCUGGCCAUCUGCACCACGGAAAGACCGCCUUUACCGAUAUGCUUGUUCUGGAAACACACGACAUCCUCGAGAAGUUGGACAAGAGAGUGGGCCGAAAGCGUGACGAGGCGCUCCGAUACACAGACAUUCACAUCCUCGAGCGCGAACGUGGCGUCUCUCUCAAAUCCUCACCCAUGAGCUUUGUGCUGCCUAAUUCCAAGGGCAAGUCACAUCUGGUCAAUGUCAUCGACACUCCCGGCCAUGUCAACUUUGUGGACGAAGUCGCUGCUGCGUUCCGACUGGUCGACGGUGUCUGCUUGGUCGUCGACGUGGUGGAGGGUGUGCAGAUCAAUACAGAACAGAUUAUCAAGCACGCCGUUCUGCAGGACCUGCCGCUGACGCUGAUUGUCAACAAGAUGGACCGCCUCAUCGUCGAGCUGAGACUGCCGCCCAAGGACGCAUACUUUAAGCUCAAGCACGUCAUCGAGGAAGUCAACACCAUAAUCACAAACACUGCCCCCGCCGCCUCCGCGGCAAAGCGCAUCAGCCCCGAAAAGGGAAAUGUGCUUUUUGCUUGCACGGAUAUGGGCUGGUGCUUUACGUUACAGUCAUUUGCCAAAAUGUACGCCGACACCUACGGCGACGUCAGCGCCGAGGACUUGGCCAAGCGUCUCUGGGGAGACGUCUACUUCAACCCCAGGAAACGAACCUUUUCGCGGAAACCACUCGAGGAUAGAACCUCGAGAUCAUUCGUACACUUUGUCCUGGAACCCAUUUACAAAAUCUUCACACAUUCCAUCAGCGACAGCCCAGAGGAUUUGCGCCCUGUCCUAGAGUCUCUCGGCAUUCAGCUGAAACCCGCACAAUACAAGGCUGAUGCCAAGGUCAUUCUCAGGCUUGUGUGCGAGCAGUUCUUCGGGCCCUCUACUGGCUUCGUCGAUAUGCUUGUUCAGCAUGUGCCUUCGCCAGUCGAGUCAGUGCAACGAUUACUGGAGCGCCACUACACUGGCCCCCUGGAUAGCAAGGUUGCCGGCUCCAUGCUGCAAUGCAACCAAGAUGGACCGCUUGUCGUUCACAUCGCUAAGCUUUUCAACAAACCCGACGCCAAGAGUUUCUAUUCAUUCGGCCGAGUUUUGAGCGGAACCGCGCGUCCCGGCAUGCAGGUCCGAGUGCUGGGAGAAGGGUACUCGCUAGACGACGAGGAAGAUAUGACGAUGACGACGAUAAACCAAGUCUUUAUUGGUGAGACGAGAUAUAACAUUCCCACCGAUGGCGUGCCAGCCGGCAACCUCGUGUUGCUGGACGGAGUCGACAACUCAAUAGUCAAGACAGCCACGAUUGUCGCACCUAAGCUGGAGGAUGACGAGGAUGCGUACAUUUUCAAACCUAUCAACCACUUUACAGAAUCCGUUCUCAAGGUCGCCGUGGAGCCGAUCAACCCGUCGGAGCUGCCCAAGAUGCUUGACGGCUUACGAAAAAUCCAAAAGUCAUAUCCUCUUCUCAACACCAAGGUCGAGGAGUCUGGCGAGCACAUUAUCAUCGGCACUGGCGAGCUUUAUAUGGACUGCGUUCUGCACGACUUGCGUCGUCUAUACGCAGACAUGGACAUCAAGGUGUCGGAUCCUGUCACGAGAUUCUGCGAGACGGUAGUGGAAACGUCGGCCACCAAGUGCUACGCCAUUACACCGAACAAGAAGAACAAGAUCACUAUGGUUGCCGAGCAGCUGGAGAAGGGUAUCUCAACCGACAUUGAGACGGGAGCCGUCAAGAUCCGCGAUCCCAUCAAGAAGACGGCCAAGUUCUUUGAGGAGAACCACGGCUGGGACAAGCUGGCGGCGCGAAGCAUCUGGGCGUUUGGCCCUGACGAGGCUGGCCCCAACAUUCUCCAAGACGACACGCUACCCACCGAGGUCGACAAGAAGCUCCUCAACACGGUCCGCGAGUCGAUCCGCCAGGGCUUCAGCUGGGCGACGCGUGAGGGCCCGCUGUGCGAGGAGCCGAUCCGCAACACAAAGUUCAAGGUGACGGACAUUGUGCUCGCCGGCGAGGCCAUCUUCCGCGGUGGCGGCCAGAUCAUCCCGACGUCGCGCCGCGCGUGCUACUCGUCGUUCCUCAUGGCCUCGCCGCGGCUCAUGGAGCCCGUGUACGCCGUGUCCGUCACGGGGCCCGAGGAUUCGUACAUGGAGGUGUACAACGUGCUCGCGCGCCGCCGCGGGCACGUGCUCUCGGACGGGCCCGUCACCGGCACGCCGCUGUACCGCGUCAACGGCCUGCUGCCCGUCGUCGACUCGUUUGGCUUCGAGGCGGACCUGCGCAUCAAGACGCAGGGCAGCUCCAUGGUCUCGCUCGUCUUUGACUCGUGGAGCAUCGUCCCCGGCGACCCGCUCGACCGCGAGCAGGUCAUCCGCCCGCUCCAGCCCGCGGCUGUGCAGGCCACGGCGCGCGACUUUGUCCUCAAGACGAGGCGCCGCAAGGGUCUUAGCGAGGACGUCAGCGUCAAGACGUUCCUGGAGCCGGAAUUCUACCAGAGCCUGAUGGAGAGCGGCAUGCUUGGCGAGCUGUAG